UAUACCCCGACCCAACCCACCAUAACGCUAACCCACAUGCAACAAUGGGUCUUUGCUGUUCAUGCCACUCAACAUCUGUGGCCAAGUCUAUGUUGAUUUUACCUGACGGAAGCUUACAGGAAUUCUCCUACGCCAUCAAGGUUUCCGAUGCUCUUCAUAAGAACCCCGACACCUUCAUCUGUAACUCCGACGACAUGGAGUUUGACGAUAUCGUUUCCGCCAUUAAAGAUGAUGACGAACUUCAACCUGGUCAGCUCUACUUUGCCCUACCCUUGAAACGAUUGAAGUACCCUCUUCAACCGGAGGAGAUGGCCGCAUUAGCGGUGAAAGCGGCUGCUGCAUUGGCCAAAGGUGGUUGUCGUCGUCGUCAGGAAAAUAUCCGUUUCACGUUUUCUGGGGAGAAGGAGCGGGCGAGGAGCUCCAGUAAGGUGGCGGAUGCGGAGACUCUUGGGUUGAGCUACCGGAGCUACGCCGGUGGUGGUGGAAAGGGGCAGAACUUUAAAGCUAUGUUGAGUGCCAUACCGGAAUAGAGUGUGGCGGCGAACUGGCGAUGGAUGGGUGUUUUUUUUACUUUUUUUAGAUAUGGAAAUAUGAUAUGAGGGCGAACAUGACUGCAACGAUGUCGUUUUUUCCCCUCUACUUGAAGCACUUUUCCAUAUCAAAAUAUUUAAUUACGUUUUUACCCUUAACAUGGGUUACUAUAAAAAACAAUGUCUAUUUCUUUUUUAUGUAUCCCUUUUUUUUAUGUAUCCCUUUUAAGGGGACUUUACUUUUAACCAAAAUUUAUAAUAAAAAGAUUGUAUUAUAACCCUUCUAAA